CGACACCACAUACUCACCGCCCACUCCGAAUAACAGCGCCUGCCUCUCCUGUGAGCAACUUUGAAACAGGCAAACGGGUGCACUUAGCAACUUACUACGCACGCGCAUUCUCUUUCUCACUGAUUGGCGAGAGCAUCACACUUUAUCUUCUUCCCCCGAGCCCCUUAGCAACGGUCACAGGUCAGGCCUUAGAAGUUCAGGCGGAAAAUCGAUGGUCUAAGCACAGAGGCUGGACAGCGACUGCGGCGCGGAGCGGUGACCAGAUGAUCCGCCAGAAGUCCAGCCUAUUCCAGGGACUGAGAAUGCAGUCGGAGCUGGUACAGCCCUCCGAGCUGUGGCGGGAACCCGAGGACCUCAGCUCAGUGGAGGAGUCGGCCACGCUUGUGGGCACAGGUGUGCGGACCGAGUUGGGGACUACGGCCUCAGUGGGAGCGGAUGAAGAUCCUGCAGUGAACUUGUUCCCGCCUCCGCUGCCCCGGCCCCGGAUCUGCAUGUGGAAGUACCUGGACAUCCAUUCCAUGCACAGACUGGAGAAGACCGCCAACACUGAGGACUUGAUGGAGGCACUGGCCGAGCUGUUGGGGCUAGGCUUCCCUCAGCGGGGCUUGCGGGAUGCCAUCACUCUGGACCUCUUCUCCCACGCACUUAUCUUCUGCCGCCAGCAGAGUUUCUCACCGGAGCAGAUGUCAGCGGCCUGUGCCCUGCUCCAGGAUCUCCACCAGGCCUGUGUUGCAACCCCCUUGGGCAAUGUGGAGGAAUGCUACCGCUACUUCACCAGUGUUCUUUUUUGCCAUGGAGUCAGGCGGCCCCCCUUCAGUAUCAACCUCUUUAAGGAGGAGCAGCUGCUGGCCCUAGCAGACUAUGUGGUCAACACCUACUUCCGCCACUUCAAGCUCUACAAAUACGUGUUCACACCCCAGGUACUGGGCCCUGGGCACCAAGACAGCCCUUAUUCCCCUUUCCCUCAUUGCAGAUGCCCUCCGCAGCCGCUCUCUUCCUCCUCCCAGGUACGGCUGGAUCUGUCUUUGACGUACGUGGGGCUGCAGCUACCCCAGCUCUCACUAGAGGAGACAGAGAAAGAAGGCUCCAAGGAGGCGGAGGAGCGAGCAGUCACCCAGCAGGAGGAGGAACCAGAAACAGCUGAGGAGCCAGAGCAGGAGCCAAGCUUUCUGUUUUUGUCCUGGUGUCCUUUCUGCAAAUGAGUCCUCAUGCAGAAGUCCAAGAUGACAAACAGAUAAAAGCACAGCUGCUCGGGAUGAGGCGGGAGCCCCAGAACGGCCAGUAAUAGCCAGCACAUUAUCUGGCAACACUGUGUUCCAGGCAAGCCCUGUUUUAAGUACUUUGCACAUAUUAACCCAUUUCAUCCUCCCUCAAUCCUAGAUGCCAGGUGCUGCCAGUACCCACAUCUUACACGGGAGGAAACUAAGGCACAGAAAGGUUAAAUCAUCUGCCAAGCAGCUGCUAAGCUGCUAAGCAGACAGAGGAGGGCACAGCUGUUCUGCCCACCUCUCCCAGGAGGGCUGGCUGACAUUUGCCACCUGCGUAGCCCCCAGGGGCAUCUUGGAAGUUGUUUGCCCAACUGGGGUAUCCUUCAGCCCCAAGUGGCAUCUCCCCUGAUGUGCUCUUUCCCCGCCCUGCAGGCCAGGUUGCCAUCCUUUGCACCUACAUCAAGAGCCAGCUGAACAAGGAGCUGGUGCAGCUCCAGCAGCUGGUGGAGGAGCGGC